AUGUUCUCCAUCUCUUGCCUUGCCUGGUUGGAUGCCCUGCGAGGUUUCAGCGGGGCCGAGAAGAUUGCAUAUUCCGAUGAAGUCCGCCGCUGCGUCCUCGACGCCGGCGACUGGAGCCUGGAGACUUUGGUUGGCUGUCCAAGUGACAUCUUCUUCGAAAUUGGCAAAGUCCUCAAUGCUGGCAAAGAACAUUACAACGGGACCCGCACGAUGGAAGACUUUCGGCCGAUUCUGGACGCUUCUGAAGCUUACCUCAGAAGCUGGAGUGCAGACCAAGUGGUUUUUCCUACAGCAGACGCUGAGUGGAAGCUGCUUGCGGAUGCCUAUCGGCAUGCAAGCAUCCUUAGAAUCCUCCGCUUUCCCCAGCCACUAGAUUCGUACCCGCCAGAAGAGCCGAUCAUCCAGGAGUCGGUCGCGGCGAUAUUAGACGCGGCUGCAAAGAUACCCAUGGACUCGCCGUUUUACAAACGUCUCCUCUUUCCGCUCUUCCUGGCGGGUGCGGAUACCAGUUCACCGCACCAAUAUCACUACGUACACUUGUGCAUCAACGAAAUCAAAAGAUCAACGGGUUUCCAGCACCAAGCCAUGACAGACCUUUUGAAAAAGGUGUGGGACGUUAGGUCUGAGAAUCCGGAAGGACAGAGGAACGUCUCGUGGACGGAAUGGACCUGUUCUGCUUCGCUGAAAGUUCAGCAUGCUUUCUUGUUCUUUUAG